AUGUCCGCCCAAUCAACUCCUCAGCUCAAACAGAUCGCUUGCUUGCGCCGAAAGUCGAACCUCACGCGUAAAGAGUUCUUCGACUACCACUUCCAAGUACAUGGUUCCCUGUCCGACACUCCUUCAAGUCCUGACGAAAAGCCUCACAAAUACACACAGACCCACUUUUUUGAUGCCGCCUUCGGUGAGCGACCCAACAGCGUAGCGGGCACUGGAAACCAUGGUUGGACCGGCCGCGAUGAUAUGACUGAGCUCUACUUCCGAGACUGGGAUCAUCUGAAAGCGUGCUUUGGGUCCGAACACGUUCGGAAGACUAUCGGGCCUGACGGUGCAAAUUUCAAUGAUCUAGAAACAGCCAUCCCCUUGAUGGCGAUUGAGAAACCAUUACAGUUCAAAAGCGCUGUUUCGUCAUCCCUUGUAUCACAGGAAGGCUAUCGCACAGUCGCUGUACUUUUCCUGGCAUCUACAUCCACAGAGUCUGAAGCGCAGCUCGAAGAAGUGUUCUCGCCGAAGCUCAUCGAGGCGUUGCAGACUCACGCAGCGGACGAGGUGUACGGUUUACAGGCAAACGUUGGUAUACCAUCAUCACAGUUCGAUAUUCGAGCCUACUUCGGUGGCAAGAACAUGCCUGAGUACCCUGUCACUUAUCAGAUCUUCAUCAAAGACGCUGGUUCUGUAGCUGCUGUGCGGAAGGCACAGAAGGCAUUCGUAAAAGCAUUGGGUGAUCAGGUUGACGAAAGCAACACUUUUAUAGCGUUUGGUAAAGAAGGAAUUAUUUUGGAUGUUGGAAAUAGUGUUAAGUUCGACUCCGGGCGCCAGCCACAGCUUUUGUAG